GUCCUGUACUUUUCAGUUUGUCUCUCUCUCUCUCUCUCUCUCUCUCUCUCUAUGUGAGAAUUCUUUUCUCUCUCUAUUGAUCUUCGUUUGAUGGAUGAAUGAACGAUGAGGUGAAGAGGGGAUGCGCCCCCGCGUUUUCAUGUCCUUUUCUACAUUAGAUUCCUAACGCGUCAAUCCCCACAAUCUCACUUCCCCCUUUCCCCUUCCAUCCCCACACCAAAACACCAUACAUAUAUACACUCUUCCCAGUGAUCCUCAUCACCAUUAUUAUUAACACACUAGCUAGCUUUAUACAUAUAUAUAAUGAAGGGAUUCCCCAGGCACGAGCGCCGGUGGGGCUCCGACACCGUCCCCGGCAAGGGCACAGCUGCUGCUGCCUCCUCAUCGAGCGGAGCCACCUCCCCUGCUGCCUCGGCUGCCGACUCUGCUUCGGCUGGUGACCAGGAGUUUGUAGAAGUCACCCUCGACCUGCAGGAUGACGACACCAUCAUCCUCCGCAGCGUGGAGCCUGCCACCUCCAUCACCGCUAUCGACAUCGUUGGUGCCGGUGAUGUCGAGUCCGCGGUGCCCGCCACCCCAGGUUCCUCCUCGGCCUCGAGAUCCCCCGUAACCGGCCACCACGGGAACAUGAGGCGCAGCUCCUCGAGCAAGCUCCGCCAGUUCUCCCAGGAGCUCAAGGCCGAGGCCGUGGCCAAGGCAAGGCAGUUCUCCCAGGAGCUCAGGGCCGAGCUGAGGCGCUUCUCCUGGAGCCACGGCCACGCGUCAAGGGUCCUGGCCUCCUCCACAUCGGCUGCUGGAGCAAGCAGCGGCAGGUUCGACCCGGCCAUGGCUGCUCGGGCACUGAGGCGGCAGCGGGCACAGCUCGACCGGACCCGGUCCGGUGCCCAGAAGGCGCUGCGCGGGCUGAGGUUCAUAAGCAAUAGUAAGACCAACGGUGUCGACGCCUGGAACGAAGUCCAGGCCAACUUCGAUAAGCUCGCGAAGGAUGGCUACCUCUACCGUGCCGAUUUCGCCCAAUGCAUAGGGAUGAGGGAUUCAAAGGAAUUUGCAUUGGAGGUGUUUGAUGCACUGGGAAGGAGGAGGAGACUGAAGGUUGACAAGAUCAGCAAGGAUGAGCUCUACGAAUUCUGGUCUCAGAUUAACGAUCAGAGCUUCGAUUCUCGACUUCAGAUCUUCUUCGACAUGGUGGACAAGAAUGAAGAUGGUAGGAUCACUGAGGAAGAAGUAAAGGAGAUCAUCAUGUUAAGCGCUUCUGCAAACAAAUUAUCGAGAUUAAAGGAGCAGGCCGAGGAGUAUGCCGCUUUGAUCAUGGAAGAACUCGACCCGGAGAGACUCGGCUACAUUGAGUUAUGGCAGCUUGAGACGUUACUGCUACAGAAGGACACAUACCUAAACUACAGUCAAGCACUGAGCUACACGAGCCAGGCCCUAAGCCAGAACUUGCAGGGGUUGAGGAGGCGGAGCCGGAUCCGGCGGCUGAGCACGAAGUGCAUGUACUAUCUCCAGGAGAACUGGAGGAGGAUCUGGGUGAUAUCACUGUGGAUAGCGAUAAUGAUUGGUCUCUUCUUGUGGAAGUUCUUCCAGUACAAGCAGAAGAGCGCGUUCAAGAUCAUGGGCUAUUGCCUCCUCACGGCAAAGGGUGCAGCUGAGACGCUCAAGUUUAACAUGGCCCUGAUCCUGCUGCCUGUAUGCCGGAACACCAUCACUUGGCUCAGGUCCACCAAGCUCGGUCUCUUCGUACCCUUUGACGACAACAUCAACUUUCACAAGACGAUUGCUGCAGCCAUCGUGGUUGGCAUUAUCCUUCACGUAGGGGACCACCUUGCGUGCGACUUCCCACGCCUGAUCAACGCCCCCUACAGCCAGUACAGGGCGUUUUUGGCCCAUGACUUUGGUAACAAGCAGCCUACCUAUCUGGACCUGGUUAAGGGACCGGAAGGCAUCACUGGGAUCUUGAUGGUGAUCUUCAUGGCAGUGGCAUUCACCUUAGCGACUAAGUGGUUCCGGCGGAGCCUAGUGAAGCUUCCCAAGCCGUUUGAUCGGGUCACAGGCUUUAAUGCCUUCUGGUACUCCCACCACUUAUUCGUCCUCGUGUAUGUGCUCCUCGUGAUCCACGGCGUGCUCCUCUACCUUGUCCACAAGUGGUACAAAAAGACGACGUGGAUGUACCUUGCUGUUCCGGUGUUACUAUAUGCAGGGGAGAGGACCCUGAGAUUCUUUAGGUCCGGAUCCUACACAGUUCGAUUGCUGAAGGUUGCGAUUUAUCCAGGAAACGUGCUAACACUGAAAAUGUCAAAGCCGCCUCAGUUCAGAUACAAAAGUGGGCAGUACAUGUUUGUGCAAUGCCCUGCUGUUUCCCCAUUUGAAUGGCAUCCGUUCUCUAUCACAUCAGCUCCUGAUGAUGAUUACUUGAGCGUCCACAUACGCCAGCUUGGGGACUGGACACAGGAACUCAAGCGUGUUUUUGCAGAAGCCUGUGAGCCCCCAUGUGCAGGCAAGAGCGGCCUUCUCAGGGCUGAUGAGACCACCAAGAAAAGUCUGCCAAAGCUCUGUAUAGACGGGCCAUAUGGUGCACCUGCUCAAGAUUAUACGAAGUAUGAUGUGUUGUUAUUAGUCGGUCUGGGAAUUGGGGCAACUCCAUUCAUCAGCAUCCUAAAAGAUCUGCUCAACAACAUUGUGAAAAUGGAAGAGUUGGCAGACUCAGUCUCAGAGCACAGCAGAGGUUCAGAAGGAAGUGCAGGGAAUAUGGAGUCUCUGAACGCGAACCGGGUCUCCCCGAAGAAGAAGAAAUCUCUAAAGACAACAAACGCCUAUUUCUACUGGGUCACAAGGGAACAGGGCUCAUUUGAUUGGUUCAAGGGGGUCAUGAAUGAAGUUGCCGACCUUGAUCAAAGGGGGGUGAUCGAGAUGCACAAUUACUUGACAAGCGUGUAUGAAGAAGGGGAUGCGAGAUCGGCUCUUAUUACCAUGGUCCAGGCUCUCAACCAUGCCAAGAAUGGCGUGGACAUCGUUUCCGGGACUCGGGUACGGACCCAUUUUGCUCGGCCUAACUGGAAGAAAGUGUUCAACAGGAUGUGUUCCAAACACAGCAACGCAAGAAUAGGUGUUUUCUACUGUGGGGCGCCAGUUUUGGCCAAAGAGCUCAGCAAGCUCUGCUAUGAGUUCAACCAGAAAGGAUCCACCAAGUUUGAUUUCCACAAGGAGCAAUUCUAAGAAGGGAAAAAAUCGAAGGAUUCACUUAUUACCAUACAAGUAUAGUCUGCCUCAACCCGAUUUUUAACACCUUCCAGGACCAUUUUUGUUAUUGGAUUCACUGUACAGAGUUCAUGUAGAGAGGAGUAAUCAUACGACUAUGUACGUAUAAACGCUCCACACGCUAGCUAGGUCGUGGCUAGCUACGAGUACACAUCUGAAGUAUAUAUAAAGGCAUCAGCUAUCGUCUGCAUCGGCAUCAACCAGUCGAAAACGACCGGUGAGAGGACGUUCUCCUUAGCUUGACAAUGGAACGGCAGUUGAAGUUGUGGUGGGGGUCAGCAAGCCGACAGUGAGUGUGAAGAGGAAAAGAAAAAGACAAAAGGCAUGUGCUCUGGAUUCAUCAAGCUGAUGAAGAAACACGUUGGUAUAUUGAUUAUACAUAUAUAUAUAUAUAUAUAUAUAUAUAUAUUUUUCCAUAAAGUUCGUCCUUGAAAUAAGGGGAAAUGGUCGAAUUAUUAAUUCCUGUAAAUGAUAGUGAUCGUUGUUCAUCCUUUUCUCCAUUAUUGAUCAAUUAUUUAUACGAUAUAAGGUAGGGGGGAUGUUUCUCUUCCAUGUAGUCUUUUGGGACGUUGAAAUUUGAAUUGGCAAUGAUAAAAAAGGCUCAAGCUCAUUCCGGCA